AUGAAGGCGAGAGGGGUGGACGCCAGGCCGGGGUGGAGCUGGACGCAGGUCGGGCGGAGCGUCCACGUCUUCGAGGUCGACGGCGGGUCGCCGCCGUACCCGGAGACGCCGGAGAUAUACGGCGAGAUGAGCCGGCUGGUGUCGCAGAUCAGGAUGGUGGGGUACGUGCCGGACAACGGCUGCGUCGCCUACGUCCUCCCCGAGGAGGAGAAGGAGCGGCUGCUGCUCUGCCACACCGAGAACCUGGGAUCCUCGAAUUCAUUAGUGGGCUACGACAUGGAUCCGUACGUGGUCGUUACUCACUCCUACGGGCUCCAGGGAGCAACUGGCUACUGGGUGCAACCGGUGGGAGAUGGUAGCACUGGCUAUAUUCAACUGGUUUGGAUGGCGGUCGCAUAA